UCAGGGAUCAGUAAUUCAGAGGCAUAGUGUGGAGGCUGCUACAUGCAUACAGAUUCAAGGAAGAGCAACAUGCUCAGGUUACUUCAUCAAUGCUUGAUAGCUGUGAGCUUGGCUGGGACCUUGAUGCUCCUGCCACGCUGCUGUGCUGCCAUUGUGGACAUACAGCUGGAGCCUGAAUAUGAUUCUACUCCUUUACCAGAUUACGACUACAAUGCCACAUUUGACUACUCUUUCUUCAGCAACAGCAGCACGGAAGAGCUGGAGAUAUUUUUAAAGGAAAAGGAAACUGAGACUGAUAAUAGUGACUUGGAUAUAACAGAUCUACUUUCCACUGUGUCCACAGACUCAAACGAGGCCUUUAGGACAGUAUAUUCAAGCUUACUGCUCAUGCUGAUCUUGGCUGCUCAUCAGCUGCUCGGACUCCUCUAGGACACACACUGCACAUCCCAGGACAUCAUCACACACAAACACAUGAGGACUCAGAGGAAAAACAGAGAUGGACAGACAACCUUAAUAGAGGACCAGAGACAUGGAAAACUGAGACUGAGGGGAAAAAAGGCACACAGACUUAAUCAAACAAGCAGACCUCACAUCAGAGAGGCAGCUAUAACUUGUUCUAGACUUUCACUGCUGUAUCAAUGUAAACAGGAGACACCACAAGACUCAAUCUCCUCUACAAAUCCAGAACAUACUGAAUGUAGAUGGAGAGGAUGUGUGAGACACACAGCUUAACUGAACUAUCCAACUGUGCCUUAUAAUUAUAGAACAGAGGGACAAAAAGCUUAUAAAGACAAUAUGGAUUUAUGAAUGUAAAAAAAUUAAAGCUAGAUAUAAAUGGA